ACUUUCGAUAUUCAAUUGGCUCAAGUGCUGGCUUGUAGUGGAUAUCGGCUUUCCUCGGUCGUGUCGGGGUGGGCAUCUGUCUGUGUCCUCUGUAUCGCAGCUUGAUGAGCAUGGCAAACCAUCUGUUGAAAUUGGCGGGGAAGACCCUAAGGGUGAACCCAGCUAUGGUGCAAAUUCAGCCAGUUGCUGCCUACCACGGACGGCAGCGCAUUGGAAAGCGUGAAGUAGUGGGCUUCGGCAUGAAUGGAGAAUAUACAUACUACGACAGACCUGAUUUCCCCAUGCCUGCAAUCCGCUACAAGGAACCCACUGCUGAGAUUGAGAAGCUGAGAGAGAAGGAAAAGGGAGACUGGAAAAACCUUUCUUUGGAUGAGAAGAAAGCCUUGUACAGGUUCAGCUUCUGCCAGACGUAUGCUGAAAUGAAUUCACCAAGGGGGGAAUGGAAGCCGAUCAUUGCUGGUGUCCUUCUCUGUAUGGGCUUCACAAUAUGGGUGUAUGUCUUUCUGAAGAAGUGCGUAUAUGGGCCUGUGCCAUCCAGUUUGUCCCCGGAAAGUAAGAAAGCCCAGUUGCAGCGUAUGAUUGACCUGAGGGUCAACCCAAUUGAUGGCAUUGCUUCCAAAUGGGACUACGAAAACAACCGAUGGAAGGACUGAAGCCAUUAAAGGACUUGGCCAUUGCAGCACCAAGUUCAGUCUACAAUCCUUAGGCACUUCAGGUCUUUGUCAUGCAAGCACCACUGUAUUAGUUCUACAAUAAAGUGUUGAAGUCUUCA